UGUAGCGUGAGUUAUAGAACGUAUAGGGAAAUCUUGGUUCUAGAUAUUCAGCACAGUCAAUGAUGUGGUGAGAUGAAGAGAUUCAUGUAGAUGUACAGAGGCGGAGCCAAAUCUGCUGUUAGUAGGAAAGAUUUGAUCAAAUUAGGUUUUAGAGAGAGAAAAGAGAUCAGAGCUUCACACACCUGCUGAGAACAUCAAGAUGAAUCGUGUGUUUCUGGUCCUGGGCUUCGUCCUGAUCAUGGCGCUCUACUCAGACGCUCAGGAACCUAUAAAAGUUAUUGGAGAAGUCGAGCCUUGCUGUUUCAACUUCUUCCGUGGACAAAUUCCUCCCACACACAUCCUGCAGGUUAAACCGACAGGCUCACACUGUCCACAGAAAGGCUUCAUUGUUACUACUCCUAAACAUCCCAAUCUGUGUGUUCGUGAAGUCGUCGUCAAUGGCUGAACAGCUAAAGGCUGCAAUUCAGAUCGCACUGCAACACACAGACACACACAUGCAUGCAUGCAUUCACACACACACACACACACACACACACACACACACACACACACACACACACACACACACACACACACACACACACACACACACACACACACACACACACACACACACACACACACACACACACACACACACAAUUAUUUACUAAAGUUUAAGCUUAGCCAUUUCUUCACCGGAUUUAUCAACCAUUUAUUAUGAUGCUUAAUGUUGUUAUUGUUGCUUAAUGCAGUGCAGAUUCAAAUAAAGUUAUCAUUGCACCA